CGACAGCCUCAUCGAUCGGAUGAAGGAACCCUCCUCGCCCUCUGGGAGAUCCCCCCGCUCCUCAGGUGCAGUUAAUAAUGAAGAGCUGAAGAAAAGAAUAGCUGAAGAACUGGCCUUGGAACGAGCCAGGAGAGACUCUGAAGCUCAAAAGAGGAGGUUGAAACAAGAGCAGAUGUUUGUUCGGGAUGAGUUUGGGAAGCUCCUGGAGCGAGAGAGGAUCUCCUCAAACGAGCACCUGACCCGAGCCAUCCUUCGGGAGCGAGCGGCCACCGAGGAGGAGCGGCAGAAGGCCCAGCGCUUUGAUAUAGAAGUAAAGGCCAGGCAGCUGGAAGAGAAGGACAGGGAGCUGAAGAAACACGAUGCCUACUACAAAGAGCAGCUGGCUCGACUCGAGGAGAGGGCUUAGAAUGGCCCUACAUGC